UUUUCUGAAAAAAAUUGUGAUAUAUUUUACUGAAAUUUCUGAAAUUUAAUCUUUGAAAAUAGAAACUGACCAUUGUUAAUUCAUAAAAUAAUGUUUGGAAUUUUAAUUUCCUUGGUUGGUCCGUAUUAAAAUAUUGCUUGUUCAUAUUUCUUCUAAUGCGAAAUCUAUAUUGUUAUGGUAAUAAAACUUAAGUAUGCUUCAGGUGGAGGAAAUAUGUUACUCACAUAAAAUUAAUCAUUGUAGUCUUUUGAAUAGUGAACGUAGUACUGUCUUAGAGUUUGACAGAGUUGACAGAGUUAAGUGCAUGUUGCGUGUAUGUCAUCUUUGGGUGAGUGGUCUUUUUUAUCUUUUUAGGUUGUGGCUGAUUAAAUGAACAAAAACAGCUUCAUUGUUACCUGCAUUACUCCUGAAUGUGAAGUUGUCAUUUAUCAUACUUCACUUUUUUCUCAGAUUGGGUUAUUGUUCCCUAAAUUAACCUGUCACUGAAAUUAACAGAACAUGAUUUUUCUACAAUGACUAAUUCAUUUAAUAUUCUUGCCAUUCAAGUAAGAAAUGUCUUCUUUUCCUAUUUUCUUAUCACUACAGUUUUCAUUUAUUUAUUUAUGUUAGAAGCGAUUCUUAAUUUUUGAUGAACAAUUUUUUUUUUUUCAUAAAUAUUUCUGAUAAACAUUGUUGAGCUGGAGGACCAUAUUACUGUUUUGUCUUAAGUAUAGUUAUUGCUGCAUCAUUUGCCGACUCUAUCUGGAGGUGGAGUUGGCAGUUUUCUAAGUUUUGUUGUUUGCUAAAGAAGGUAUUGGCAUUCUAGGUUUCGUUGUUUGCAGUUUUCAUGACUGGUGGAAAAUAUGUGCAUAAUCUCUGGUAGCCAGACUUGUAAUUUGGUUGGCUUUCAAAAAAUUGGAUAUUUUGUUCUCUGCAGCUAAAUCUUUCAUAGUGUUGAAUGGUCCUUGAUAGAUGCUUCUUUCUUGUACGUUUUACCAGCUGUUGCCAUUGAAUGAUCUUAACAUAUUUAAUAAUGUGAAAGGAUCAGUGAGCUCAUUUAUUAUUUAUUAUACACAUUCCUCUCACGUGGACUGUGUAUUUUUUUGGUUGGACUGUGUAACCUUCUUUGAAGGCAUUGUAAUGCUCUUCUUUCUGUUAAAUUAUAUGCACCUGAAAAAAAAGAAAAAAAAAAAUGUACAAUUGAUGUUCUAUAUUGAAAGCUCUCCCUUUACACGUCAUUGAUGAUUUUAGAAUGUCCUGGAAGAGGGGCUGAAAAAAUUAUUCUGAAUCUUCUCUCUUUCCAUGUCUAAUUUCCCUGUAGGCGCAACCUUGGAGAUGGUUUAACAAAUUACAAAGUCUGAACUUUUUAGAGUUCCUGUUAAAGCUGGACGUGAACCAUGAAUACAUUCUUUUUCAUUCUUUUCUUUUGUUUUCUUGUAAGGAAUUAAGUUCUUAUCUAUAGUCUAUAGAAUUUCUAUGGUACAAAAUUAUUAUUAUUAUUAUUUUAAUAUAUUUUUUAAAUUCUUCACAUUUCAAGAGGUAAUUCUGCAUAUUUUGGGCUUAGUGCAUUAUCUUUACACAGGCGGUUCCAAAGAGUGAGUUUUGCUAGGUGCAGUAGCUUGGCAGCCCAUUUUGAACUUGUCUGUAUGGCUUAAAAGUUUUCUUUUCUAACGUACUCAUGCAAUAUACAUGAACAUGUGUUUGCAUGUUGGAGAGUUGUUAGUGAGGCGAAGAAUAAUGAUUUAAUUCUUUGGAAGGUUGAAAUCUUGUAAGAAGCUUCUUAUCCUUUUUCUAUUUCUUUUUUUCUUCGUGGAGUUGCUGCCAGAUUGUUUCCAUUGUUUGCUUGCAUCUAGUUUUUUAAUAAAGUUUUUUUCCCCCUCUUUGCCUUUGUGACAUUACUGUAUGCUUUAACCAUUGAGGUUGUUUGCAGUUUAUUACAUGUUUACAUAAAGAUGCUUAAGUAAAGCUCCUGUAUGGAUGGUCUGUGAACAGUUAACCAAAAACUUUUAAAUUUGGUAUGUUAGAUAACAGGAUUCAAAAUAUUUAUUGCUGCCACACAAUAAUUUUGAUCUGCAUUGCAUCCUAGAGCUGGGUAUUCUCUUUUUUUCGAAUAAAAUAUUUAUAUGCGGAUCUUGCACAAAUAGUUGCUGCACUUAUUGUUGGUUAAGUCAUAUAAUGCUCAUUCUUGUGUUAAUUUAUGUUUGGUUUAUUUAGUCUUAAGUACCACAGCGACACCUCCCAGUCCUAGAGGUGAUUAUUGAAUUGCACUCGAACAACUUUCUUCAAUGACCAGGUACCAAAAGUUUUCUUCAUUCCCGCAUUAUGGAGGGGCAAGUCAAUUAUGAACUUAUGUUUUCAAAUGCUAUAUUCUGUGGUCAUAUGUAUAGUUUACAUAUAGCAAUUAUCAUGUGCAACAGGUCAAAUUGUUAUCAGAUAUGAUGAAACCAAAUCUGGAAACAGGAAUUAUUGGUGAUGACGGUGAAUUAGUAAAGCGAAGGAUUGCUUUCAGAUUAAAUACAUAUCGUGUGAAAAAGGCGGAGUUUCUUGAGGUUCCUUUGGGAAGCUUGGCAAGAUUUAACACUUGUUACCUUGAUGGUAGCUGCAGCAGCAUCAUUACUACUAGGAAUAAAGACUCAGGUGCUUGGAAAAUGAGGAUAAAAAACUUGCAUGGUGUUGAAUGUACGGAGGCUUUCAGUGUAUCUAUAAUACUAGGAUGGUGGAGGGAUAGAGGUUUCUGGGUCUCCCACGGAAAAAGCUAUCCUUCAUUGGGUUAGGGAUGAAGUUUGAUGCUAUGAGAUCAGAAUCUACACUUUUCCAUUUUUCUCCUUUUAAUUCCGAGGAAAACUGGGGCGGUGUCGCAAUGAAACAGGUAAUUGAUUCAUUUUGUGAUUUUAAUGCUUUUACUUUGGUGAUUUCUGAAGACUGUUGACGACUUUUUUUGUCUGCAUCUGAAGAUCUUAAAAUCUGAUUACUUAGACCUUAUAGAGUUAAUUAUUUGUUGUACACAUAUAGUAGUUAUAAGAUUGUGAUGAAGCAAUAAGGAGUACCAUCUUAGAAAGUUAAUGGUGAGAACCUUGUCUCACCAUGUCUGUUGAAACACACUGGUUUAGAUAUCUGUAAGACAAUAAUUAGUUUUAGAAUUGGAAACGUCUACACAGAAGUUCCACCCCCCCAACCCCCGCCCCCCCCCAACACCCCCUUUUAUCGGGUUGGGGAAAGGAAGAUGCUGGUUUGUUUUAGAUUGGAACAUGAUGUCUGCAUGUAAGGAAACUUUUGAGUAAUAUUUACAAAAGGUUUUUAAGCGUACCGAUGGAAUGAAGCGUUGAAGCAUUUAGUCAGUGACUGUUGUGUAAGAGUUGAUUUGGAUGAAAAUGAUAGCUCAAAUGAUACCAAUUUUGUAAAUAUUUGCUUGAAUACCUUUUUGUUGUGGAUGUAAGGACAUAUUGAUUUGAUCAAUGCCACAUUACAGGGAUGAAAUUCUGUCAAUUUUGUAUAAUGGCCUAUAU